UUCCGAGGAAUUACUCCGUCUCUUACAAAACCCUUCCUUUUCUUUUUUCUUCCUCUUCACAAGAGCAGACAAAGGAAAAUGCAGGUCUCUGCAACGAAACUGUAGUGCUUUCUUCCCCUUAAUUCCUCCACUCUCUCUGCAGAAACUGCAAUAUUUUCCAGCUGUCUCUCCCUCUCUCUCUCUGUCAAUCUCUGUAGAGACUGACAGAUACAGAAAUUUUCCAGACUCUGUUUUGCUUCGAAAUCAUGGAAUAACCUUCCCAAAGCUACCAUCUUUCUGGGAUUUUGAUGCUCUCCUACACCUUUCAUGAAGUUUCAGCAUCUGGGUUUUCUUCCAAAUGGCAAAAGAAGAGAAACCCCAUAAGGAUUUAGAGGCUGGGAGCAGCGUUGGGCCCCACCACUCUCUCAGCAGCGAUGGUGACAGUGGCUGCUGCUCUGACGGUGAGGAUGAGUCAUGGCAUUCGCCUUUCGGCUCCAACCGGCACGGUGGAGGGUCGUGUGACGACGAGCACGGGCUCUCCGGUGUGUCCGACCGCGAGAUCGGCGGCGGCUCGAGCCACCGUCGGGACUCUUCGGUGUCUGAUUGCUGCUCAGACGCCGAUUUGGAGAGUGGGGUCCCGGAGAUUAAGGUGCAUUUGGCGAAGGUAGAGAAGGAUUGUCGGAUUUGCCACCUGAGCCUCGAGAGCGGGAGUCAGGAGUCGGGGGUUCCGAUUGAAUUGGGCUGCUCCUGCAAGGACGACUUAGCGGCAGCACAUAAGCAAUGCGCUGAGGCGUGGUUUAAGAUAAAAGGGAACAAGACCUGUGAGAUUUGCGGUGCAACCGCACGCAAUGUGGUCGGUGCAACUGAGCCCGAGUUCAUAGAACAAUGGAAUGAAACAAGCACUGCCGUACAGGUGGCCCCUACAGAAACAAGAAGCUUCUGGCAUGGGCACCGCUUCCUCAAUUUCCUGCUCGCUUGCAUGGUAUUUGCCUUUGUCAUCUCAUGGCUAUUCCACUUCAAUGUUCCCUCCUAAGUCAUAUUUAAAAAAAAAGAAAAAGAAGGAAUCCUACAUUCUCUAGUUCUAGUAGUUUGAAAAAAGAAAGAUUGGAGAGAGAAUCCAAUGAGAAAUCACAACCAAAUUGCAGUCUUCAGGUUAUCCAUGUGAGUAUCACGGGCAUAUAUAUAUAUAUAUAUAUAUAUAUAUAUAUAUAUAUAUGUCGUAUGGUUUAUGAGCUCCUUUGCACUUUUCUUUAUGUUGUAUUAUUGUGUGAGCGGCGCAUGAAAUUGCUUAGACUGUCGCCAUCCUUAGUACCACAUUUUCUUUCAUCUUGAAAGGCUAGUGUGGUGUUUGUCUGUUGCAUUAAUUGUAAUUUUACUGAUUGAGAUAUGCAACGAGCGUCAUUGACAUGUUGUCAGCA